AGACGGGCACUAAACUUUCUACAAAACUUGAGGAUUUGGAAGAUUUGGAGGUUAUCUUGGGUUUGCUAUAGUCUUGAAUAGUCGCGAAAUGAUUUCUGCUUUAGCCUUACAUAGAGUUGCAACAACGUUUGUUGCUAACAAAAUCAGCAAAUCGUAUUUUCAUACUAUAAGUAAAAGUUCCUCCGACAACUCUGUAGAAAUUAAUGUAGCAGUGGAAGAUGAUAUGCCUAUUAAAAUUGAAAAUCCCUAUGUAAAAGAAAAACGGGAAUGUAUUCUGUGUAGAUUGGGCAUUGAACCAGAUUACAAGAAUGUAAGAUUACUUUCACAGUUUCAAAGUCGAUACACAGGCAGGAUAUAUGGAAGACACAUAACAGGGUUAUGCAAACACAAACAGAUGAGACUAGAACAAGAAAUUGCAAAAGCUCAAAGUGCAGGUUUAAUGGGUUACUGGACGAAAGAACAGGAAUAUGUUAAAGAUCCAAAACUGUUUGAUCCAAAUCAUCCAUUUAGGCCACACAAAUAUUAAACGAGUAUAAUAGCUGUAUAUGUGCAUAUAUACUUAUGUUUAUAUAUAAACACUCGACAAAUGAGAUAUGAUUAUAAUUGCAUUAGCAUCAACAAAUUCCCCUGUUCAAGUAAAAACUGUUAUAUAUUUACGCUAAAUGAAAUCCAUAUAUGUCCAACAGAUGCGUAAUUAUUUAUAACAAACACGAUUAUAACAAUUUUCGAUUAUAACAAACACGUUUUGCAAUACUAGUUAAAAGUAGUAUUGCAAGACGUGAACUGAAUAUUGAAAUAAUUUUGCUAAUUGAAUAUCAAAAUAAUUCUAUAGAACAUUAUAGUAUAUGUAAAUCUUGUAAUACAGUAAUUAUAUGUAAAUAUCAAAA